AUAAUGAAAAUGUCUACAAUUUAACUCAAGAUAAUGAAAAUAUCUAUGAUUUAACUCAAGAUAGUAAAAGUUCAUACAAUCUAAGUCAAGAUAAUGAAAAUGUUUAUAAACCAACUCAAGACAGCGAUUUAAUUCAAGGUGCUAGUUUAGCUAUAGAUGAAAAUUAUGAUGAAGAUGAAGAAGUGGAUCUGUUUUAUGAAAAUGAGAUGGUCGAAUAUGAAAAUAUUUGGGACUAG